AUGUUUUUCCGACUUUUACUGCUGCUGAUUGUUCAAUUGGUAGCGAUUCUGGUCUUUUCCGUGGGUUUUUUCCCCCAAAAAGCGGUCCUAAAGGGUAACGCGGAAUUUUGGAUUAAUGGCGAUGAACAACGGGCGAUGGACCCGCAGUUCGAGAAACUGGUGGUCAUUGUGAUUGAUGCACUGCGAUCGGACUUUCUUUUUGAGGAGAAUAUGAGUAAUUUUAACUUUACUCAUGGUUUACUCAACCAAGGUUACGCAUGGGGUUACACGGCAUAUUCGAAUCCACCCACUGUGACGUUACCUCGAUUGAAAGGUAUAACUACUGGAACCACGCCUAAUUUCCUAGACGCCAUCUUGAACGUGGCGGAAGACGAUUCUUCGUCAAAUUUGAAGGAUCAAGAUUCCUGGCUUAAACAAUUGCAUAUCCGUAACAAAAGGAUUGAUUUUUUUGGCGACGACACUUGGCUCAAACUUUUCCCCGAGGAGUUUUUCCAGCGUCGAGAUGGCACCAAUUCGUUCUUCGUCAGUGAUUUCGAGGAAGUCGAUUUCAAUGUGACUCGACAUUUACCGGAGGAACUCAACACACAGUCUGAUUGGGAUGCUCUCAUUUUACAUUACCUGGGUCUUGAUCAUAUCGGUCACAAAGGUGGCUCGCGCUCUCAAUUUAUGGCACCAAAGCAUAGAGAAAUGGAUGAGGUAAUCAAAACGGUCUUUGAAGCGUCAGAUGAGAAAACCCUCGUGUGUAUCAUGGGCGAUCACGGAAUGAACGAUCUUGGGAAUCACGGUGGAUCGUCUUCAGGUGAGACUUCAGCUGGAUUGGUGUUUGCAUCCAAAAAACUGGUAAACUUCAGGAAGCCUACUGUACAAGAAAACAUCAAAGUCCCUUACAGAAACUACGAAGACAAUCACCAAUACCUGAAACUUGUCAAUCAAAUCGAUUUCGUACCGACUAUAGCGUCGCUAUUCAAUUUCCCAAUCCCCAAAAAUAGCAUUGGCAUUAUAAUUGACGAUUUUUUGCAGCUGUUCAACCGAGACGCCGCUUCCCUGAAGGUGCAAGAAAACUACCAACAGUUGCUUCAUAUCUCCAAAACACCCGAUUCCGCCUCUCAUGACAUUGCUACACUUUUCGCUUCAAUGAAGGAAAUGCAAGAUUCACUCUCUCAAUCUGCAACUAACUACAAUUACGUUUUGAUUGCAAUUGGUUAUCUUACGCUUCUGAUUGUGACAUUGGUAGCGCUUCGCAUUGCCGUGGUAAAACGGCCGCACUUUGCGCAUUUGGCUGCUGUGGUGGUCGUCAGCAUCUUACUGAGCAUGAGUACGUUUGGCAGCAGCUUUGUAGAGGAAGAACAUCAAUUCUGGUGGUGGAUAGCCUGCGGCCUGGUUAUUAUUUCUGGUUUCAGCACCAAAAAUCACUGGAAAAGCCUUGCUAUUGUCAGCGUUUGCUUGAGACUCAUAAGAGGUUGGAACAACAGCGGUCAAAAGUACGUGUACGAACGCACGAUGUUUUCGAUGUUAACGGCACGUCCCGAGCUACUUUGGUCACUUAAUGCUAUAACCAUUUUUGUCACCUGCUUUGAUUUAAAUGUCAGGAGCAUUUAUUCCCUCGCUUCGUCGUUUCUGCUUGCCGGGCUAUGCCUGACAAGCAAAGCAAAUCUGACUCUAGUCAGUGGCGAAGGUCUUCCGGCUUGGCUCCAAAGUGUUGUCCACCGGAGCUGUCUGCUUCUCGUUGGCGACCUUCCCAAUUUAAACAAGCUGGCAAGCGUGCCAUUUGCCAGACUUUUCCACAAGUAUUUAAUGCUGUUGCUAUUAGCGCACUUCACUUUCCAAAGAAUGUUUACUGGGAGCAAGAGGUCAGUUCAAGAUAUAAACCGAAUCAUUACCGCCUUUCUAAUUUUCCAAACAGUACCAGGUAACAUCCCGCUUUUUCUCGUUUUUGAAGGUAUGCGGCCUCAUCUUUUGGAAAUCAUGACAGCGUUAGGCUCGAUUGAUGAGUUCGCGCUGUCAUUGACAAGCUUGAUACUGCAACACCUCACGUUCUUCCAACUGGGGAAUACAAAUUCGAUUGCCACUGUAAAUUUGGCCAAUGCGUAUAAUGGUGUCUCCGAAAACUAUAAUAUCUACGUUGUGGGUAUGCUCAUGUGCAUUUCGAACUUUGCUCCGAGCAUAUACUGGUCCUUAUGGCAACUGACAACCGCGGAACGCCUAGGAGUUUUGCGCAUAUCAAAAAUGGAGCAUUUAAGUAUGCUUAAACUUCCAGAAUUUGUAGUUUACUGCAUUUUUGGCUGUUUCCUACUCGGAUCUUGCAUCAUUCUGCGAUACCACUUGUUCAUAUGGAGUGUAUUCAGCCCGAAACUGUGUUACUAUGUAACAUGGAAUCUGUUCAUGAACUUGAUCAUUAAUUGGGGACUCGGAGGAUUGGUUCUUUGGUUCAGCUAA